AUGAGCUCGAUAUCUUCCCUACCAAGGAUCCAGAUUAAGGGCACCAUUAAGCAAGAGUAUAAGAAUAUUCUCACAGAAAAUGCAUGUUCUUUUCUGAUCUUUCUUCACUCUGCAUUUGAACCAGAGCGAAGAAAACUCAUGGACUCCAGAGAGCUAUUGCUUCAGAAAAUAAAUUCAGGAUGGAGGCCAACUUUUCCAACCGAGACCGAAUACAUCCGAAACGACCCCAUUUGGGUGGGUGCUAGUCCUGCACCUGGUUUGAUUGACCGUCGUGUUGAAAUAACGGGCCCAGUUGAUUGCAAAAUGAUAAUUAAUGCGUUGAACAGCGGAGCCACGCAAUUUAUGGCUGACUUUGAAGGUCAACUUAAGAGAUGCUACGUGCAAAAAAAUAUCUCUGACCAUCCCAAACGGAAAGACAUACAAGCUGAAGGGCAAAGUCGCCACUCUUCUUGUUCGGUAAACAUUGUUUUUUAUUGUAGACCGCGAGGGUGGCAUCUUGUUGAAAAGCAUGUCCUUAUUGAUGACCAACCAAUUUCUGCGUCGAUCUUCGAUUUUGGAUUGUUUUUCUUCCACAACGCCCAAACACUGAUCCAGUCGGGCGUGGGUCCAUAUUUUUAUUUGCCAAAAAUCGAGCAUUACCUGGAGGCCAGAUUGUGGAAUUCUAUUUUUAAUGCCUCUCAAGAUUAUCUUGCCAUUCCAAGAGGAACCAUUAGGGCCACGGUGUUAAUUGAAACCAUUUUGGCCUCUUUUCAAAUGGAGGAAAUAAUUUAUGAGCUUAGAAGCCACUCUUCGGGCCUCAACUGCGGCAGAUGGGAUUACAUUUUUUCUUUCAUCAAAAAAUUUGGAGCAUUUAAAGAAUUUCUACUUCCCGAUAGGUCUCAAGUGACCAUGAGUACCCCCUUCAUGUCUGCAUACACGAAUCACUUGAUUUAUGUCUGUCACAAGCGCCAAGUUCAUGCUAUGGGCGGAAUGGCUGCACAAAUUCCGAUCAAGUCCAACGCAGAACUAAAUGACAAAGCCUUGAACAAGGUUCGCGAUGACAAGCUUCGUGAGGUUCUGGCAGGGCAUGAUGGAACUUGGGUAGCCCAUCCAGAUCUUAUACAAAUUGCGAAAGAAAUUUUUGAUUCCAAUAUGCAAGGUCCCAACCAACUUCAUGUCAAACCGUCUCUAUCAAUCAGACCGGGCCAGCUGUUGGAUGUCUCCAUCCCCGGGUCCGAGGUUACUCUUUCUGGAGUUAAAGAUAAUAUUGCAGUUUGCUUGUUGUAUAUGGAAUCUUGGCUCAACGGAAGUGGGUGCAUUCCCAUCAACCAUUUGAUGGAAGAUGCUGCAACCGCCGAAAUAGCAAGAACGCAACUGUGGCAAUGGUUGAGACACUCUGUUUCGGUAAAGCUCUCAUCCAACUCAUGUGCCAGAUUGACAAAGGAUUUACUUAUGCAAUAUCUUAAGGACGUUUCUUCAGAACUGAAAUUAACAUCAUCUACCGGGGUUCUCGCACAAACUAGACUUGCCCAGCUUCUUUUUUCCACAGACGCCGAAUCUAAAUGCCCCGAGUUUUUGACCUCCGCCUGCUAUGACGAUAUUGUUAGGUAUGUUCCAUCUGCAACAUUGAAUGCCUCCAAACUAUGA